UGCCCGUAAAAUAUUUCAGGUUUUGACGGAUCUUUUGGUCAAAAUGAAAGGAAAGAGCGAAAAUCAGAUUUUGAGAACUCAGAGGAUGAAAGAAGAACGAGGAUGGGAUCUUUUAAGAAAAAGGCACUAAAUGCUUCAACCAAAUUCAGGCAUUCAUUGAGGAAGAAAAAGAGUAGGAGGAAGAGUGACAGUCAAGUCAUCUCAGUCUCAAUUGAAGAUGUCAGGGAUGUUGAGGAACUUCAAGCUGUUGAUGCAUUUCGUCAAUCACUGAUACUGGAUGAACUGCUACCUGCUAGGCAUGAUGAUUAUCACAUGAUGUUGAGAUUUUUGAAGGCAAGGAAAUUUGAUGUUGAGAAAGCAAAACAAAUGUGGGCUGAGAUGCUUCAAUGGAGGAAGGAAUUUGGUGCUGACACUAUUAUAGAGGCUUAA